GUAGUGCUGACUACACUGUCUCCCUCUUCUCUCAUUCUAUCACUCCCUCCCUUUGCUGCCUCACACGCUCUCUCUCUCUCAUACACGCACACCCUUACACAGUCUCUUGCAACCUUAUUCCUCCACACUACUGCAGACAUGGCAGAGGCUUUCGUUGGCACAUGGAACCUCAAGGAGAGCGAGAAAUUUGAUGACUACAUGAAGGAGCUGGGUGUGGGCUUUGCUACACGUGCGGUGGGAACCAUGACCAAGCCCACCACUAUCAUCUUAGUGGAAGGUGACAAGGUGACGGUGAAGACCCAGAGCUCCAUAAAGAACACAGAGCUUAACUUCAAGCUGGGAGAGGAGUUUGACGAGACCACCGCCGAUGACAGGAAAGUUAAGUCAAUUGUAAAUAUAGAGGAUGGGAAGAUGGUGCACAUACAGAAGUGGGACGGCAAAGAGACCAGUCUGGUCAGGGAAGUCAACGGCAACGCCCUCACACUGACACUUUCAAUGGGGAAUGUCGUUUGCAAACGUCACUACGUGAAGGCAGAGUAAAACACUGAAAUCUCCCUCCAACAUCUACUUGCAUCAGCUAAAGCAUCGCACCCCCAAACGCCUUAACACCACUUCAACCCAAGCCAAGCAAUCCCCUCGCAUGGCACUGCAGACUACUACUGCAGAUUCCCAUCAAUGUCCCUUCAUACUGUAUGCUCAGUAUUAACAUUACUGCUGACUGUGAGCUCCCUUUUCUCCCUGUACUUUUCUUUAUAGUGUGUGUUCCUCCUACUGUAAGACACACUGAAUAUAGUCCAAUGAUUUGUUGUUUUCUUUUAAAAUCCAGUUCUGCAUUUCAUUUUUUUUGUUGAAAAUGUGUUAUGUCAUGGUGCCUAUGUUAAACCUGGAAAAGUUUGCCUAUUGAAAAAAAUAACAGCAGUGUACACAAUUCUUCUUGUCUGCUGGACAAACUGAUAAAACAAUGAAAAUGCUC